UCGGGCGCCCGCGACCCAGUCCGCUCUGACGUUUAAUCGAGCCGCCGGUGUGCCCUAUCGGACACAGUCCGAUCCACCACCGCAACAUACAUUUUAUCAUAUUUUUAACGUAUCGGAGGAAUUGGGCGUGGGUGUCAACAGUGCGUAGUGGUCACAGUGAGGUCUAGGCCGGGGUGUCUUGAAGCGGGCGGCAGCACGGGCAGUAGACGGCGGGCGGCCGCGGGCAGGCGCCACUGGGCCCGCCCGAGCCAGCAGCUGGCUCUGUUUACAAGCCGCGCCUGCACUCGCGAGCCCCGUGCGCCCGCUCGCUGCAACACGCAACUCCUUUCCUAUUCGACGUUGUGAAUUUUUAAGUUUGCGAACAACCAACGACGUUAGAUAGAGGUAUUUGAAUGCUUAUUAAUGUCGACUCUCGCCCGAGUGAAGUCGUAGUGCAAUAUUAGUGUCACGAACCGCUCAGAGCACAAUCAUCGAAUCCAAAUUGUCAUUCGAGUGAUAUCACUACUUCAUAAAUAUGGGUGCUAAAGAAAGCGUGGAGGCUGCUAAAUUUUCUGCGCAAAAUUGGAACAAUUUUGAGGCAGCAUAGUGCAGUGCGCCGAGUGCGGAACACGUACGAUGGGCAACAAGCUAUCGGCGUGCUCCUGCGCACCCAUCCUGCGCAAGGCGUACCGCUAUGAAGACAGCCCGUGGCAGAACUCGCGACGACGCGACGGACAUCUACUACGACUAUGGGCCGAAGUGUUCCAUGUGUCAGCGUCCGGAGCAGGCACGGUCAAGUGGCAGCAGGUGUCCGAAGACCUGGUGCCGGUGAACAUCACGUGCGUGCAGGACUCGCCAGAAUGCGUGUUCCACAUCACCGCAUACAACUCGCAGGUCGACAAGAUCCUCGACGUGCGGCUAUUGCAACCUGGAACUCGGAUCGGUCAAGCAUCAGAAUGCUUCGUGUACUGGAAGGACCCCAUGACCAACGACACUUGGGGCCUGAACUUCACCUCGCCGAUCGACGCCAAGCAAUUCAAGGAGUGCUGCUCACCAUCCUUUAAAUUCUCGCGUAAGGCAUCUUCGAGCUACAGCCUAAAGCUAGAACCGCCGGGCAGCAAACAGAAGAUGAAGGCCAAGAGGAAACCACUCUCCACGCCGGCCAGUCCUAAUCGAUCCAGUCUGAACUACCGCGAGCCGCAGUGCACAUGCAUGUCGCAGGAGCAGUAUGCUCGACUCAGGGCUCAAGAUCCGAGAUACCGUUCUUCGACAUUACCCCGCACGUCAGCGCGCGCCAUGGAAGCCGAGGCGAGUGCGGCCGCCGCACGCACAGACAAGGUGGCUGCGGCAACCUCAUCUACUUCGCUGUACGACAACGUCACCGGCUCACAGCCAGCUCACCAGCCUCCGCCAAAACCUGCAGCUCGUCAGACUGACUCGCAGCCGCCAACGCGGCCCCCGAAGUCCCAGGAAACAUCCACUAUGACCACCAACACUUCAACGGCGCCUAAAACCGUUACCGCCUCCGUUGGCACACAUGGCACAAAUACUAACGAAGAUUCCCAAGCGUCGGGCGGGGCCUCAGCGCAGCACGGCCAGGAUCUCAAGUCAGAAGGUGUGCAAGCUGGCGGGACGCUCACAACAUCCAAGUCCUCGUCUACAUCCACGAGGCCGGGCAAGGAACAUCUGCAGCACACUAAGAGCAUCGACUAUGGAGAUGGGAACGAAUCGUCGCGGGAGUCGGACCGGCACUCGAUGCACCAUCACAACGUCAUCAACAACAACACCUCGGGCUCGCGUCGCACAAAGUCAAAGAGCACAGAAGAUAUGAAUAUGGAUUCAAGCACUCUGAAACGCAUGCUCAAGCCAAUGCCCUCAACGGAGAGUCCUGUAACAUCCCCCGAGAUGGGUCGACGGCGGUACGGCGGCGCCGGCCCUUGCCCGCCCGCGUGCGGGGCCCAUCCGCACCGCCACGGCCCGCACUUGCACCACGCGCAUCACACGCACGCCGCGAACAACAACAGCCGGCAAUCCUCUCAGCGCCGCGGCGUGGGUGUCGGCGCCGCACCGAGCGGGUACCCUGGCCGCGGCCUGUACCUCGAGUUGGGCGGGGGAGGGGAGCGCGACAUGUCGCCGCCGUCGGACAACGUCAUGUUCGACAACCAGUGCUACGCGACCACGCCCUCCUCGUCCAAUGGCAACUCGGAUCAGGAGCCGUGUCAACGGCGGGAUGGCAGGCAACACCAUCAUCCGCAGCAAAAGCCUUGCCUAUCCCGGCAAGCAUCGCAAUCGAGCGCCACACCUGCCCCCGGCUCUCCCACCUCGCGCCUCCUCCUCGAGUACGAGAUGCAUCUCCGCAACACGCUGGCCAAGGGCAUGGACGCCGAGAGCUACAGUCUCCACACCUUCGAGGCGCUGCUGAGCCAGAGCAUGGAGGAUCUAGAAUACAACGACAAUAUGCCGCCUUCGAAUCCACGAAGCCCCUAUCCACCACGACGUCGACCGAACCAAGAAUCCGUUCUACACUAUUUGAGAAACCUUACGGAGGCAGCCAUAAGGGCUAGAGGAGGUGCGGCGACGCAGUGCUCCGGUGGGGGUGGCAGCCGAUCAUCCACGUUGCCGCUGCCGCAUCGGCUGGGCGUUGAGAGGCAGCACAGCGCGCGGUCUGACCGCGACGGGUACUACAGCGAUCGCAACGAGCUUAUGCGGGAGCGAGAGCGGGAGCGCGAGCGGGGCUACUUAAGUGAUCACAGUUCAAGAGACCGCAUUAGGGACCGGGAUCAAGGGUACCUGAGCGACCAUCAAUCAAGUUUCGUAAGCGCGUCCCGUUGUGCGUCCUGCAUCGGCGAGUCGGCGAGGGCGGCGUGGUACCGGCACUCGGACGGCUGGCGGGGCGCGCCCCCGCCCGGCCCGCGCCGCUCCCCUUGGGACUCUCUGCCUAGCUUGCGGCAUGAAGGCAGCCUCAACGACUCCGGGUACCGGAGUAACAGAGCUGACAGCUUCGAGCAGAGGGGCGUUUUUGACCGGCAAGACAGCGUGCGAUCUGAGUAUACCAGCGAUCGAGAAUCGUCGCGCUACGGGAUAGUUCAACAAGCUUCCAUCGACAGCACCGACUCCAGGAUAUGCUAUCUGACGUCUAGUGAGAUAUCGGACGAUGAUCGUAUGUCACUGACGACGGCGGUGUCUGACGAAGAGGACCCAGGCGAGAGCGCGAUGAACUCUCCGUACAAGGGAAAGCAGACCGGCGCUGCGGCGGCCUCUUUCAACUGCACUGGUGCUGUUAGAAAAGCUGGAUUCCUGAGUGUGAAGAAAUGGUUGCUACGCAAGAAACAUCAGAUCGAAUUAGCUCGUAAACGAGGUUGGAAGGGCUAUUGGGUAUGCCUAAAAGGCACCACGCUCCUCUUUUACCCGUGCGACUCGAGGGAGGGCCGCUCCGUCGAGGCGGCGCCCAAACACCUGAUCAUUGUUGACGGAGCCAUUAUGCAGCCCAUCCCUGAGCAUCCGAAGCGUGAUUAUAUAUUCUGCUUGAGCACCGCGUUCGGAGACGCAUAUUUAUUCCAAGCACCUUGCCAAGUGGAAUUGGAAAAUUGGGUGAACAGUAUACACAGUGCUUGUGCUGCAGCCUUCGCCAGGCAUCGCGGCAAGACCGGCACCCUCCAUCUGCUUCAAGAAGAAAUCUAUCGUCUCGAGAAAGCCAUCGAAUCUGAUCACAAGCUGAAGCACAUGGCGGACCUGCAACAGUCCGUGGUGUCGGAUCCCGAGACGCGGGCGCAGCUGGCGGUGCAGAUGCUACAGUGGGAGGAGAACCUGGAGCGGCUGCAUUGCGAGCAGUUCCGCCUCAGGUGCUACAUGGCCAGCUUACAGAGCGGCGAACUGCCUAACCCGAAGUCUUUGCUGACACACGUGUCUCGCGGUACGAAGAGCACAUUGAACAAGCUGGGCGUGUUCACUGUGUCAUCGUUCCACGCGUUCAUCUGCGCUCGCUCACCGUCGUUGCUGAACAACCUGCUGGCUGGCCGCGGCGCCACGAAGCGCAGGGCGCCAAACCUCUCCCGCUCCAACUCGGGAUCCAGCCGGCGGUCUAUGCAGAUGUCACGCGACGAAGGCGAGGCUGCGGUCAGAGUGUCCCUGCCAGAGGGCACGACCGCAACGGUGGGGGUGCGCGAGGGCAUGACAGUGGAGGAGUUCCUGGCGUCCGCCUGCGCCCGCCGCUCGCUCAACGCCCUCGAACACUUCGUCAGAGUCAAGAAACGCCGCGACAUGGAGGAUCACAAUUACUUCGUGCCGCAUCGCAGCGACCUCAUUGAGACUUACUUACACACCCACGAAGUAGUGGAGGUGUGCGCCAAGAUCCUGUACCAAGUGGAGCUGCAGAGGAACACCCUGGAACAGAUGUGGGGCUUCAGCGUGGAGGCCGAGCUCAUUGAGAACGCUGAGCGCCAAGAUGAGCUCUGCUGUUACGUCAGCCGCGUCGAGGACAAGAGUGUAGCCAUGCAAAACGGUAUAAUCAAAGGCGACGAGAUAAUGGUGAUCAACGGAGCGAUCGUAUCUGACCUAGAUAUGAUGUACUUGGAGAGCGUAUUGCAAGAGGAACUCUCGCUCGUCAUGAUGAUGAGGUCAUCACGCACGGAGCCACCCGAGCUAGCAGGAAUGAUGCGAGCCGCCACCGACGACAUAAUCGACUCGCUCGUGUGCCCGCCGCCGCCGACGGAUCCGCCUGUCAUCUCCGACGAUAUGAUCUCCGGCCUCAUCGUCCCGGCACCGGCUUGGAGCAAGGAGUUGUACAGCCCGGAUGCGGAUGGGCACGGGGACGUAUCCGGACCGCCCAAAGUCAGUUCCCGGACCAACUCGUUCGAGAUAGAAAACCUGCUCAAGAGCGCGGAGCAAGUGACGGGCUGGUGCCGGUCGCCGGCGGAGACCCGCCGCGGCAGCCCGACGGGCAGCGUGGCUAGCGCUGCCGCCGGCACGCCCUCGCGACACCUCUCCGACGCCGAUAAGCUGAGGAAGGUGCUGUCGGAACUUGUCGACACUGAACGCGCUUAUGUCAAGCACCUUAACAAUUUAUUAGAGAAUUACUUGGAGCCUCUGAAAAGGGAGACUUUUUUAUCGAAUGCCGAGAUCAACGCGCUGUUCGGAAACAUCCAGGAGAUUGUAACGUUCCAGCGGCAAUUUCUGCAAAACUUAGAGGAAGCGCUUGAAUCGGAGCCCAACUUCCAUCACUUUGAAAUUUCAAACCAAUUUAAGAAUAUUCUGUUCGCCGUGGGAAAUGCCUUCCUCUACUACGUAAAUCACUUUAAAUUAUAUAGCUCGUUCUGCGCUAGUCACAGUAAAGCACAAAAGGUUUUACAUCCAAAUGAAGGCAAUCAGGCACUGCAAGAAUUCUUGGCUGCCAGAAAUCCAAAACAACAACAUUCGUCAACUUUGGAGUCGUACUUAAUUAAACCAAUUCAGCGGAUACUUAAGUACCCAUUACUGCUCCAGCAAUUGAGAAAUCUGACUGAUGCAAAUUCCGAAGAACAUCUACAUUUAGUAGAGGCUUUGAAAGGCAUGGAGAAAGUUGCUGAACACAUCAAUGAGAUGCAACGAAUACAUGAAGAAUAUGGUGCUAUAUUUGAUCACUUGUUUAGACAACACCAAAAGUCUUGCAAGCAACCAAUAGAUCUAAGUCCUGGUGAUUUGUUAUACUACGGAGGUGUAGAAUGGUUAAAUAUUUCAGACUUUUUAGGUAAAAUAAAGAAAGGAUUGGAACUGCACGCUAUGUGCUUUGUAUUUAAAUCAGCCGUUGUCUUCCUCUGUAAAGAAAGACUGAGACAAAAGAAAAAGUUAAUGGGAGUAUCUUCAAAGAAUAAUUCGAACGAGGUAGAGAUAAUUCGAUAUCAAGUGUUGAUUCCGGUGACAGAGGUCCAAGUGCGAGCGUCGUCUGCGAAAGAUAUGGACAGCCACUUCCUUUGGGAGCUCAUCCAUUUGCGCAGUCAGCUACAGCGGCGCUCUGAGAAGGUUUACGUGCUGUCAAACAGCACCGCAGAUUUCCGGAACGCGUUCCUGAAGACGAUCCGGCAGAUCAUUCGCGAGUCAGUUCGCAACAUGGCGCUGCCCACGAACCGACCGGCCCCCAUGCCGCCGCGAGCACCGCACACGCUCGAGCGAGACCGCCCGAAACACCAGGUGCAAGUGAUGCAAGGAUCUCAAACACUUGGGAAAACGAAAAAACCGAAAACUUCGGGGCAGCGGUUAUCAGCCGGCAACAUUGAGGUCGGUGAUCUUUCGCGCGAAAACUCCCAAGAUGCCGAGGAGCCACCUCAAGAGGCGCUCGCAGACGAGCCCGUGUUCCGGCACCGCAGCAAAACGCUCGGGGACGCCGCCGAUACCCAAGCCAGUGUAAAGCGCGCGCCGCCGCCGCCGCCGCCCGACACCGACAAGUCGGACCCCGGCUCCAAGUCCGAGGGCGAGGACGAGCACCCGCAACCUCCUCCCAAGCGAGGGUUAGGCAGAACUCCCAACCAUCUGACAUUAAGCACGACGUCGACGCUGAGCGCCGGCAGCACCGGCAGCCAGGCCAAGUUGAUCCAGUCCUCGCACCAGCCCACGCAGUACCAGCCCACCAUGGUCAAAGAACUCGGAUCGCCCGUGUGGAAACCGCGCGACAUGUUGAGCGAGGCGAGCGUGGGGGCCGGCGGGGCGGGCGCGGGGGCGGCGGGCGGCGCGCCCUCCGCGCCCACCACGCUGCCCCGCUCGCAGCGCCCCGCGCCGCGCGCGCACCACCUCUCCGCGAGCCGCAAGUCGCUCGCGCCGGACCACCGACACUAGACUCCCGAGACCACGACCUUCUGUCCCUCGCCCCUACACAUGACCCUUCGACCGACUCCGACUGAGGAAUCUUCAACGGGCUCGAAGUUCUUUCCAGUCAGUCGCUCGUAGAUCCAAUUUUCGUCAUCCCACAGGUCCCGUUAGUGUGGGUAAUUCACACUGCCUACAGCGGGGCUAAUUUUAGCUAAUGGUAAAGAUAAAUCCGUUUUAUACCGUUAAACACACAAUAGCAAAAGUCCCUUGUUAGAUCAUUUCAUUACAAUCGAAUGUGAUUUUUGUUUCGCGAUUAUCUUUCGUUAAGUUUGUAAACCUAAUUCGGCACACCUCAUUUUUCUGUUCUGAUUCAAUCUAAGAAACAGGCAUAAUAAUUUUAUUGUGACUAAUUUAUUAAGUAGCCCGUAGUUAUUUCAAAAAAAGUUCAGUGAGCCUUCCGCACUAUUAAAGCAUUUCACAAUUUUCAGUACAAAAUCUGUUUCAAUAAUGUUUUUAAACACGUAUUGUGUUCAAAACGCGAAAGAUUUCUCCAUUUUUCUGUUCAACUAUAAACUUUCACACGAUGUACGUUGUCAAGGUGCAUUGAUCAAGUUAUUGUUUAAUUUUGUUACAACAUUAUAUUUUUAGUCUGUAUUUAUGUUUGUAUAUUUAAUACCUAUCCUUGUAAUCUCGAUUUCUAAUGAAUAUUUUUACCUAUAACAACGCUCAAAAUCAUUCCAGUAUUCAGUUUCUCUACUGGACAAGUGCAAAUUGUGAAUACGCAUUUAUUUAUAUAAUUUGUCGAUGAACACUUGAUUAUGUAAGUUACUAAUUAAUUUAAAAUAAAAUAAAAACUCAUCUGUGCCACAAUACAAAUUCGUACCUUAAUAUUUCCUAGUAAAUGCACUUCCUAUCGUACUUAGAACUUACCUACAACUAUCACAUCUAAAUAAAAUACGUAGGUACCGUUAAACUGAUAGAAUCUAAGUUUCAUUUCGACCUAACAUAGCUAAAUGCUUAAAUAUUUCGAUUGCGCUACUAUUUUGCUUUCUGAUUGGGAUCAUAACUGCACCUACAUCAUACAUAAUGUUAUACUGGUCACUUCUUAUGAUGUCACCUGAUCACCUUGCAAAAAAAUAGUGCAGUUGAAUAGGUCUUGUAUAAAAUAAAUGACAAUAUCAAUAGAAUUUCAGGCAAAAACUGAAGUCACAUUCCAGUUUUUGUUCCGCUGAUAGUAUAAAAUAAAUCUUGUAUUGUAUUAUAUUUUAAACCAUUAAACUGAAGAGAUAUCCAAUAAAGACUCUAGCGACAUUAUAUUUACCUAGUAUUUUAAAAGUGAUUUUGUUACUUUAUUGUGUAUAAUUAUUAGGAGUUAAAGAGAGUGUUCGAGUGCAUCUUCCUAAACGGACUUCUGUGCCAAAUUGGGUACUCACUCUACCUAUGCUUUAUAAUACUCACAGACAACAUAAAUAAAUACUUGUAUGGUAAGAGUAGUUAGCUGUAAUGUACUUGCGUUUCAUUUGGUCGCAUUUGCAAUGCAAAACUCACUACCCUAUAGUUCAAAAUGCACACACCCUAAUGGAAAAGUACACUAGGUAGUUUUGAUAAUAAUUUCUCUUCGUGAUCAAAUUCGAAAGUUCUAUCAUAGGCUAGGCGAAUGUAACAUCUUUCCUAUACACCGUUAUGUUGUUUUGUUUUGCAAUGAAACAAAAUUUUACCCGAAGUUUCUAUAGUAGAUUAUGCUUAUUGUAGAUGUUUUACUUGAGAUGAUGAAUUGGUUGAACUGAACAGGUAGACAAUUGCUCCGUUUCGUCAACUGCUGACAUUCAUAUUUAGUACCUAAACUAUUUACUUGCAGUGGCAUUUAUGUCUUAUAAUUUCCUUUUGAUAACACUCUCAGUUGAAGUUUUGUACUCUCACUUGUAGCGUGAUGUCAAAAAGAGAUUAACAUUUUGAAGUUUGAAUGCUUGAGUUAGUUGAGUGAGUCGCGUGACGCCUGGUUUUGAUACUCUGUUAGUGGCUGAUAGCUUUGCCAAUCUAAAACUUUCUUAGCCUACUUAUUUAAAGGAUUUGCUAUGCCGAGAUGCAAUGAACAGCAAUCGUAAAAGUUAAGAAAAAAUAUCUCCAUGUAGUAAGUAUAUUAACAUGUAUACCUAGCAACAUAAAACUACAUGCUAGACGAGCGAAAUCAAAUGCUUGAAGUAGUUUAAGCUGAAGCCACCAACAGAGUGGAGUCAAUGUCAGCCUGGACAUAUCACCAACGGAGCGAUCGUCUGGAACACACUCUCGUAGUUUUCUUGCUCUCGUUCACGACACCUAUGUUACAGUUACCUCACACUAAAUAAUAUUGUAUAUUUAUUAAUAAUUACUAUGUAGAUUGUGCAAUUAUUUAUGAAUUAUGACCACAAAACAUAAUGAUUACAUAUUUUGACUUUACGUGCCGUUUAAAUGAUUGUUUUGUGAUUUAUUAAAAUAAAACCUGUUUAUUAAUAUACAUAUGUUAAAAUAUUCGAAUUUAAUAAUUACGAACUUAUACAAUCAAUUUAUAGAUAUUAUUAUACUAAGAAAAUAUAAUUAAUAAAAUGAAUAAACAAAUAUGAGUGAAAAUGAAGAAAGCUCAUUAAUUGCGAAUGUAUUUCAUACUUCAAUGACAUUUGAAAGUAACGUAGGGAAAAUGAGUGAAUAUUUAGAAAGACUUAUUGAAGUAAAAUACGAAGGUAAAUAACCUAAUGUUAUAAUAAGUAUUGAACUUUUAUAAGUUUGCGUUGUAUAGUUUAUGACACAGUUUCAUUUGUGCAUCGUGUAUAGUGAAUCGUUUACUCGCAUGUGUAUUUGUAUUUGAAGCAAAAUCAUUUUCUACCCAUUUGUAACGAUUGUGUGAAUUGACAAACUUCUCCAUUGACAGUGCACAUUUAGCUACUGAAACUUAAUUUUAACUGAGACAUAGAGAUAAUAACUAAUACUCUGGUUUGAAAUUGUGUUCGUUUUUGUUGCUGGUUUCUUACUUGGACCUCUUGCAUUUAAACGCCAACAGCGCUUGGUGUCUACUGAUACUUUGCUCAAUAUUCUUCAUUUGACUCGAAAGCCUAAAAUUAAAAGUGCCUUCACAUAUUUUGGGAAAGCAAUGUGCACGCACCCUUCCUGAAAUGUGAACACUGCACGAGUGGCAGCAGUUUGUCAACCGCCUCCCGACUUUCUUUGUAUAAUUGAUGUAUGUAUUUGACUCGUUUCAAUGUUCGUUUUGUUAAAUUUUGUGACGAAGAUGGAAAUUACUUUUUAUUGCUUAUGAAUAAAUAUGAAAUACAAUU